AAGCCUCUCGACAAGCCCAAAGCCCCUCGAGUCGUACUCAGCCACAUCCAGCUAGACAACAAGCUUUGCAACUUCUCCAUCCCAGACAUCAAUCCCACACAUCAAUGGCUUCCCUAAAGCACCUUGUGCUCGCCCUUGCCGCCGUCCUUGCCCCGGGCGUCUCGGGCCGGCAGCUCCAGCGGCGGGAUGCCUCGGCCAACGAUCCCUACCCCUUCUGCAACCCUGCAACCAGCCCCGACUGUAUCGAGGGCGGAAAGUACGUCAAGCCGGACCUCGACUUCUCAGACCAGAACGACGUCGGCGAUGUCGCCUACCGGCAGUACCUCUCCACGCACACCUUCGCCCUCUCGCAGUGGACCAACGGCAAGAUGCCCGAGGCCUGCUACUACUGGGCCGUCACCGCCGACCACUGGAACGCCGCCGACUUUGUCGUGUACAACGUGACCUUUUCCGACUGCCCGACGCCUUUUGUCGUGUGCUACAACAACAAGUCGCCCAGGACCGUCGGCGAGAUUGCCACAGAAAUCAGCCGCAUCCCCAUCGGGAUGAGACAAGCAACAUCAAUGUACGUGGUCUACGGCGACCAGGGGUCCGACAACCCAUCUUACACAGGCUACAUGGCGACCGCGUGCUGGGACGGCAUCAUCAUCGGGCGCAGCAGCGGCUACUUCACGACCUCGCUCGUGCACGAGACGGGGCACGCCGUCGACUGCACGCUCGCAUCGCCCGACGCGAGCCACCCGGCGUCGGGCAGCAGCUUCUCGGACACGGCGGCGUGGCACGGCGCCGCCGACGCCGACGGCUACGCCGUCACGGCCUACGGCACCGGCAACUACGCCGAGGACUUUGCCGACGUCGGCCGUGCCGUGCUGCUCGACAAUGUCUUCCCCGGCGGCCUGUCCGCGUGGUCAAACAAUAACCCCAAUCUGACCCAGAUUGCCCACCAGCUCGCCUCGUUCAAGGCUGUCGCCGGCGCCUACUAUGUCGCCGGCGGCACGUGCAAUGUGGCGAAGAAGUAUCCGUUUCCCACGAAUCUUGUUUCGGUGGGCACGCCGACGACGACGACGACGACGACGACGACGACGACGAGGCCGACGACGACGAGCGCGGCGAACCUCGCUACCGCUACGCCGUACGGCCAGUGCGGAGGCUGGUCGACGUACACGGGUGCGACGCUGUGCGGGUCCGGAUACACCUGCACGACCUUGAAUGCACCCCUGCGCCGGGACAUUGAUGGCCCGAAGCUCGUCUCUGUUUGGGGCCAUGGCUACCACUUCAGGGCUGUGGUGAAUGCUGGGGGCUAA